AUUUUUACAAAUUUGAGCAAUUGAUCUUUGCUCCAUUUUAGAAUUUUUGCAAUGGAUAACUGGUCUUUCUUUUCUCAUUUUUCUUUUUACCAGUUUAUGUGGCUAUUAAGGUUUGUUUAUCAAACUUGGUUUUCUUGAUUUAAUGUGGUUUCUUCUCUUGUUUUGGUGUUUUUUUUUGUCCAUUUGGUUUGCAUUUUCUUUUUUGGAUAAAACGGAAAGAACCAUUUUGAUUUGUAAUUGAUUUCAAUUUUCAAGAGGAUGUGAGUUUAUAAUGGGCUUACUUGUACCUCAACAAGAGUUUCGUCUGAUGGGGCACGAUGAUUUUUCACAUAGCCAUAAUUAUGAAAGGCUAUUGAAAUUGUUUGCUUGCUUAGCCCAUCACCUGUUUGAUCAUUUGUCUCUGAAAAGUAGGGGAGGUCGCUUGGAGGCAAUAUUGUUUUUCUUUUUAACAGACUGAAAGGCUCAUAAAUAAGCUGGAGGUGCUGGUUAAAAUUGGGUGGAAGAACUUUGAUGAGUUGCUUUUAAUUUUUGUAACGGUUCUUUAAAAACUUCAUUUUGGCUUAUUGGCGACCCGGUCAAAUCUAGUGUAUAGCAUAGAGAAUCGCUAAACCGGUAAGACCCGGUUCGUGCAAACUACGUCGUUUUGGACAAAGAUUAAAGGAAAGAAAAUUGGAAGGAGCUCUAAAUCAAAUCUGCGGAUAGUCGCGAUUUCUUUCCCGUCUUUCCUUUAUCUACCUUGUCACUUCAUGAUUCACCGUCUCACCGAAUCCGGCAUCCUCAGGAUCCGGCUACGGCUGGACGUUGAAACUCCGGCGUUUUUUUCUUUGGGACCAAUGCCGCUUCUUUAUUUUUGUUAUUAAACCCUUUUCAAGUUCACCUGCAAUUUUUGGUUAGUUUUCAUGUAAUUUCAAGAACUUUUAUUGAGCUAAUUUUGACACAUCCUAAGAACAAGUACUUCAUCUGUUACAUUAAUGCUCUUCAACUCUCAGCCUCAGCCCAAUAUGUCUGUCUCCUAAUCACUAAUCCUUUCUUUUAUUACUUUGUGGAUAUAAAAAAAAUAAUAAAUAGAGAAAAUAAAAAGAAUAUAUGUAUUUUUCAUUAUAUGAGGAAAUAAAUAGAAAAGAUUUGCAGACCGGAUUUGAAAACCUGAUUGUGGAGUAUUGGAUUGGUGAGCAAUUAGUGUUGUGCCGUCGUGCCAAUUAUGAUGGGGUUCUUAAACUCAAUUUUUUCCGAGAUCAAGGAGAGGAGUGAGAGAUUAUAGGCAUGAAUCAUAUGGGUUUUGGAGAAGGUGGCGAUGGAAAGGUACAAGCGGUUUCGGGUUGGGGGGGCAUAAGAAUGUGGAGGGUGGGUAAUAUUAGGGGCUCAUUUGGCGCUUACCCAAUUUUCAAAUGUUAGUUGAAGAACCGAUUCCUGCCAACUCAGUAACAACUUUGAGAGCCCUACAACAAUACCUAUUCCAUCUAUUACAAAGUUGCAAAACCCUCAGAAAUCUAUCUCAAAUCCACACCCAAAUACUUAUUAAUGGCUUUUCCCAGAAAAAUUAUGUUGUUGCUAAGUUACUUUCAUUCUACAUAGCCUCUGGUCAUCUCCUCUCUGCACACGAAGUAUUCAAAAAUAUUAAAAACCCAAGUGUUACUCUAUGGAAUCAGAUGAUCAGAGGCCAUGCUCGAAGCGAAUCGCCUCAAAAGUCUGUUAUACUUUUCAAUCAAAUGAGAGUCGUAGCGGUGGAGCCUAAUGGGUUCACUUAUUCGUUCCUUUUGAGUGGUUGCGCUAGGUCAGGAUUGUUGAGAGAGGGCGAACAGGUGCAUGGAAGAGUUUUGGUGGAAGGUUAUUGCUCAAAUGUGUUUGUGCAGACGAAUUUGGUUAAUUUAUAUGCAAUGGCUGGUGCUGACUUUGGAGUUGGAUAUGCACGUCGUGUGUUUGAUGAUAUGGGUGAUAGAAAUGUUGUGAGUUGGAAUUCGAUGCUUGCAGGGUAUAUGAGGUGUGGGAAUGUUGAUGAGGCAAGGAGGGUUUUUGAUGAGAUGAUGGAGAGGAAUGUUGUCUCUUGGACGACUAUGAUUGCAGGGUACGCUCGAAAUGGUAAGAGUAGGAAGGCAUUGAACUUGUUCAGUGAAAUGAGGAGAGCCUGUGUAGAAUUGGACCAGGUGGCGUUGGUGGCAGCACUAUCAGCAUGUGCUGAACUGGGGGAUUUGAGAUUGGGCAGGCGGAUUCACUCGUAUAUUAAAGAGACAUUGAAUGGUAAAAACCGGUCCUUACUGAUUUCUUUGUACAAUGCACUUAUACACAUGUAUGCUAGCUGUGGUGUGAUUGAAGAAGCUUAUGAAGUAUUUAGAUGGAUGCCACAGAGAAGUAAGGUUUCUUGGACAACCAUGAUCAGUGCAUUUGCAAAACAGGGCUAUGGACAAGAGGCGCUUGCUAUUUUUCAAUUGAUGCAAAGCUUGGGAGCCGAAGGAGCAAGGCCUGAUGAGAUAACCUUCAUAGAAGUCCUAAGUGCUUGCAGCCAUGCUGGACUUGUGAAUGAGGGUCGCCAAUUCUUCAUAGACAUGAUUCAGACUUGGGGCAUUAAGCCCAGAAUGGAGCACUAUGGAUGCAUGGUUGAUUUAUUGAGUCGGGCUGGAUUGUUGGAUGAAGCACAUGAUCUCAUUGAGAACAUGCCCAUGAAACCAGAUGUUGCCAUCUGGGGUGCUUUACUCGGUGGUUGCAGAAUUCACAAAAAUGCUGAGCUUGCUUCUCAUGUGGCUCCAAAAUUGGUUGCUGAGCUUGAUCCUGACCAAGCAGCUGGUUAUCUUAUGCUCUUGGCAAAUGCUUAUGCCACUGCUAAAAGGUGGCAGGAUGUUGCUACUGUGAAACAGAAGAUGGUUGAGAUGGGUGUGAAAAAGCCUGCUGGCCGAAGUUGGGUUCAAAUAAAUGGAGUAAUUCACGAUUUUGUAGCAGGUGACACGGCUCAUAAGCAUGCAUCUUCAAUCUCUGAGAUGCUUGGCAAAAUUAGCAGGCAAGUUACGUGUGUUAGCGACAGGCCAGACACGGAUAGCAUUUUCAGCUGUUGAUGAGUAGGACAGUGUGGUGGUUUGGUAGUUAUCCUUCUUUCAUGAUAGAAAAAAGCAUGAGUGAUAAUACAUGAGUGCAAUAAUGUUGUAAUACAUUGAAGAUUUGUUUUUAUGCACAAGUAACUUGGGCUGUUGUUACCGAUAGUAA